UCGGCUCCGCUGGGUGAGGCCGGGCUCGGGCGGAGCCCAAAGGGGCUGCGGGUCCCGGGGCCCGUUACAGCCAUUUCUACCCCUCACAACGCAGACAUGGCGGCCCAGAAGGACCAGCAGAAGGAUGCCGAGGCGGAAGGGCUGAGCGCCACGGUGACAUCUCCCAUGUUGCUAGUGGCUCUGGCUGUCUUCUUCGGCGCCUGUUACAUUCUCUAUCUGCGCACGUUGCAGUCCAAGCUUGUGCUCUUUGGCCGAGAGGUGAGCCCAGCCCAUCAGUACGCUCUGGCUGGAGGUGUCUCCUUCCCCUUCUUCUGGCUGGCUGGUGCAGGCUCAGCCGUCUUCUGGGUGCUGGGAGCCACUCUGGUGGUCAUCGGCUCCCAUGCCGCCUUCCAUCAGAUCGAGGCUGUGGAUGGGGAGGAGUUGCAGAUGGAGCCAGUGUGAGAUGUCUCCAAAGAACUGCUGGCGUCCUGGGCCAGCUGCCUCAUCCCUGCCCACCCCGUCCUGCACAGCUCUGCCGCUCGGCCAAAGGCGCUCAUGCCAUCACAAGCCGGGGGGAUUCCACCUUCAGAAAUAAAAUGGUGACAGGUGUCGCUCAGCAAAGAC